AUGACAAGUAGACAAGACCAAACUUACACUGCCACUCCAUCAUAUACCCCAACAGGUUCAGAAAACAAUACCUCUAAUACUGAUAAUGGGUCAGGAGAUCAAUCAAAUACAGAAACAUCUACCCCAACAGGAUCGGAUUCUGGUGAUGAUUCUGGUGAUGGAUCCGACAAUGGAUCAGGAUCAGGCUCAGGAUCAGGCUCAGGAUCAGGCUCAGGAUCAGACAAAGGCCCAGGCUCAGGAUAUUCUGCUUCUGCUUCUUCCACAGCUACUAUAAGCGCUUACGAAGGCACUGUCCCAAUGAAUAAGAUUUCAUCAUUCUCAAUUGCAUUGGUGCCAUUAGCAUUGAUGGCUCUUAUUUGA